UUGUGCAAUUCAAUUGACCAUUGUAUCUGCUGUAUAUUCAACAAAGUCUGUUUAUUUACCAAUAUUUCUUUCUUAUAAAUUAUGUAUCUAUAAAACUAAAAGGAUUUGAAUUUUAGAAAAAUGGGGGUUGUAAGAGAGAGGAGAGUUGUUUGUCAGGCACCAAGUAUCCCUUCAAAUCCGGAAUCUGUACAUUCUGGUUAUACCACCCAAGAUUCGGAAGAUGAGGGACUGCAAAGUGAACAGAUCAGACAUAGACAACCUCUAAGGACCUCCAGAGGUCUUAAUAUAAAUUUCAAUGUAAGUCUGCGUAGGCAUGCUGGACAACGAAGAGUCAGAAGAGCUUUAAAUAUUAAGUUUUUAGAGACAUUGAAGGAAGAGGAUGAAUCGGAUAACAUAUUGAAUGGCAAUAAAUCGAAGUUUCAAUUGCUCAUGGAAAUCACAAAUGAUCCUAUUGAAUUUUUGAAUGAUUAUGAAGAGAAUAGUUGCGUUAUUUCUACAAGCAACUGGGUUAAUAAUAACCCUUACAUGAAUAUUCCUAAAAAAAUAAGGGUAGCUAUUGCUAGCAAAAAGGAUUUCAGAUAUGACCUGUUGAAAUCCAUUGAGUUAGUACUCACAACAUUUAUUUACACACAUCCACCUUUACUCAAAUAUUACCAUUUUCCUAAGAACUGCUAUGAACGAUUUUUAGUACACGCAAUUGCCAAAUAUAAUGGACUUCAGUCAGAAACAAUUACAGUGGACUCAGGUAUGGCUGUUAAAGUUUAUAGGAGAGAGGAAGAAUUACUGCCACAAAAGCAACUUUUAUGUGACUACCUUCAUCAAAUGAAAAGUAUUAACCAAUAAUGUGUAAUAUUUUUAAACUUGUUUAAUAUAGAUACUUUUACUUGUAAAUUUUCUUUGUAUUCUUAAGAAGUGAUUUCAAUAGUUUAGUGUUUUUAAUAUAUAACA